CUCUUUCCUUGAAUAAUUUCUCUGUUAAUGGUGUUUUAUCUUAAUCUCUGCACUGAAGUUCAGUGCGGGUUGAAUCCUAUAAUUAACUAGAGUUUCUUCUCUUCAAUCUUUGUAGAAUCUGUGAAUCCUGAAACCCAAAGUAUCAGGAUAUUAGGCUCAGUUUGGUUUCUGCAAUGCAAGGUGCCAUUUCCUUUAAGCAGCUAACAUCGGGCGACAAGUCUCUGUUCUACCCCAAUACCAUCCGUACUCCCUUUAAUGGAACAAAGUCCAGUGACUCCAAGAGAAGGAGUCUAAGCUUGUCCAUUUCUGCAGUUUCCCAAAAUGCGACAAACCCUGAAGCCCAGGAUGCUUUAAAGCGUGCUCUUGCUAAGAAAGCCGUGGGACUAGUCAAGCCUGGAAUGGUAGUUGGGCUUGGCACAGGAAGCACUGCAUCACUUGCCACUGAAGAGCUUGGGAGGCUGAUUAGAAAAGGAAAGUUGAAAGAUGUUGUUGCUGUUGGGGCAAACUAUCAAUCACGAGUUCUGGCUAGGCAAUUCGGUGUGAAAACUGUUGAUUUGAAUGAUGUUAAUAACAUCGACAUUGCAUUUGAUGGUGUAGACGAAGUGGACUUAAAUAAAAACUUAUUAAAGGGUGGCGGUGCUGCACAUACCAUGCAAAAGGUUGUUGAUUCUGUAGCAAAGGAGUGUAUUAUAUUGGCUGAUCAAUCAAAGGUUGUUCUCCAGCUUGGUAGCACAUUUCCAGUUCCGGUGGAAGUUCUACCUUCUGCAAUUUCACCAGUUUUGAGGCGGCUUGUUACUCUUGGAGGAGUUCCUGAAAUUCGAUCUGCCUUGAGGAAGGAUGGUCCAGUCAUCACUGACCUAGGAAAUAUGGUUGUAGAUGUGAGCUUUCCAAAUGGGAUUCAGAACCCAUCUGAACUCGAGAAGAACAUCAAUAUGAUACCUGGAGUGGUUGAAAAUGGCAUUGUUUCUGGUGUUGCAACAACUGUGUUAGUUGCCAUCCAAGAUGGAGAAAAUGUCAUAGUGAUGAAUUUGGAGGAGUUUGCAGAAAUUAUCAGUGGCCGGACAGGUGCAAGUUCUACCUCAUAAGAUUUUAAUUCAGGUCUGGUUUGUAUGGAUAUAUGCGAAUGAUGCAACUAAGGGAAGGAAAAGUCCUCAAUGACAAGUGUCAGAUAAGAAUAUCUUUAUCCUUGUAUAAUGGGGUGCCUGGAAUUCAGUUUCAGUCCCUGGCGUGAAAUAAUCAUCAUACAAUAGAUUGUACUGAGAUCUUUUUUUGUAAGUAACAACAAUAUUGUACUAAUAAGAACGAAACGAAGUAGUAUGAGAAGUAA